AGUCAGCCAGCAACCAAGAAGUUCCUCUCUUCCAAUCUGCGACAAAAAUUUGAGAUAUUCCUACUACAGUAUUUUUUUUUAUAACUCGACGUUUGAAGAGAAAAUCAGUUCGCGAUGCCCGCGGAGAAGAUGAGACUACGCGCAUGGAUCGAACAACAAGCAGACAGCGGCAGGCUUCGAGGACUCCAGUGGGUAGAUCGCGAUAAAGGCAUCUUUAAAGUUCCGUGGAAACAUGCUUCCAGGCAGUGUUGGUCCGUGGUCAAGGAUGCUUGCGUCUUCGAAGCCUGGGCGGCGCAUACCGGCCGCUACAGACGAGGUAUCGACAAGCCAGACCCGCGAAGAUGGAAGGCUAAUUUCCGCUGUGCCCUGAAUGCUUUGCCGGACAUUCGUGAGCUUCCGAAUCAGGGCAUCGCGCGUGGGCAAGAUGCAUACAAAGUGUACCAGAUUAUCAGGAAAAACGACAAGAAAGAUUCUGGGCAGUCGAGACGCGGACAGAGUAAAUGUGAGUAUUUCAAACGGCCUGACCAACACAAGAUCGACUUCCACGGCGACUUGCGCUGACACAAAUAUAAACAACGAAACUAUCUGAAACGCUGAUGAAAUCAAUUUUAUUAACUUAUUCAUUAUUCAGAGUAGUUGUUUGCCGCUCGCACAUAGUUAAAAAAUUGCCUUGCUGCAAAUUGGAAGAGCAUUAAUCAACAGUAUGUACCCUGCAUCAAAGGUUUGGGAUGCUCGAAACCUUCCUUGUGCAUAAACCCGUGACCCCCUUGUUCUCUAUCCUUAACGGAUUAGCACGUAAAAUAGCCAUAACAAUAUUUUGAAAAAAGGCAAAGAUCAUCUAUAAUUCACUCAUGUUGUAGCAAAAUCAAUGUUUCUACUCAACCAAAAUGCAGUGCCGAAAUCAACGAGGAAUAUUUGCAUCAGGCGAUAACUGCGCUUUAAUUCUAAGAAAAAUGAAUACAUGCGGAUGUUGGACAUUUUCCCAGAAAAAGACCUGAAUGACGUAAUUUGCAUAUAAGGUGGGUCUCUUUUGGAAACAUCAACGUUUAAAGCGGGAUUUCUAACCCAGUUUGAAGUUUUUCAGGGAUGUUAAAUGUCGGUUUCCUGUUUUUAUUACUGCGCUGGAAAAAUUGGACUUCCCCGGGAUAUUUUUUCAACGAAAAUCGCAAGGUUGAUUAGGGCGUGGUUUCAGUAGUCGCACCCUGUAGGAAAGCAGCUUGGGACAUGUGUGGAUUCAGCAUUCAUGCUUGAGAGUUUUCAUUAAAAUGCGCGACAAAAUACGGUUUUAAAGCUUGUUUCAGCUAAUGCAUAGAUUCUAAAUGAAACCUUGAAAAAUUUUUUUCUUUUAGCAACUGCAUAGUACACGGCGUCCAUAACGCGCACUCAUGUUUCGACCACAGAGGUUUUUUUUUGGUUUUGACUAUUCCAAGAAAGCGUCAUGCUAGUUUGAACACAUGAAAUCUUUAAACCAAGACAUUGUAUUAUCGCAUAAAAGCUCAGUGUUGCUUUAGGCACUUGCGACAAAGGUUCGAAAGUCUUGAAGAAUGUUUCGAUCUUAUGCAAAGAUAAGAUUGGGUCAUAAUUGGCAGAACAUAAACAUGGAAAUGGUCAAUCUAUUCAGUGAUUCUUUCUGAUAAUGGAUUUUUCAAUUUCAGGAAUGGCAUCGCAGUAAAUUCUCCAAACUAAAGAAUUCGUAAAUUACCUAAUCGGUGAUCUUAAGUGAAAUACGGUUUCCUGCAAAUAGUGUCUGUAUCUUACGAACUCUUUUUACCAUGGAAUUCAAUAAGAUAAGCGAUGAUGAGCCAUCUUUUACAGAUGGAGUUUGAUCAUGUGAACUAAAUCUUUAUCUACGGCCAUUUUCGGAAAGUUUGAACGCUCGCUGUAUUUCGUUGAAUUAAAAUAUUUACGUUUUUUACUUGUUGGAGUCAAGAUUGCGAAAAUCGAUUCUGUUUGGCAGCGUGCAAACAAGAAGAUUUUAAUUCGAAGAAACUGGGAGUUGAACUCCACAAAUUCGACAAAUUCAGCAAAUUUGUGCAAAAGGCCACAAAAAAUUCCUGUGCAGAGAGCAAUCUCUAUUCUGGCCGGAAAACAAGGAAAAACUAUGCCUUGCGGAGGAAUACCCAUGUUGAGGAGAAUACAUAUCACAAGAAAGAGUUUAAAGUGCAACGCGGAACUUCGAUACUGACUGCUUGUGUUGGCUCCCGAGUCAUGCCCGGCCGCGAGGGGUGCAGCAGCCACCAGCUAGCAACUAGUUCAUUUUGUUUUCUUUGCUACCUUCCAGUGAACAUCGUGUGUGCGUACAAGAGCGUGGUUGUUUCUAAAAGUACACUUUUAUUGAAGACUAAAAUUGUGGGCGCGUUGCAAAGGAAACGUCUCCGCAAACAAAAAAGGAAAAAUGGGUUGCUUUGUCUCUUUAGAGAUAUAAUGCAUUAAAGAAAGACGAAUGUUUAUCUAGUGAGGUUUUGUCUGUGUAUCUACUGAGAUGAACAUAACUAGCCCGGUACAACCCAUCGACGCAAAUAAUUUAAUCGUUUGUCUCAGAAUGUAGUCAAGGGUCACUUAUUACGCGGUCUUUUGCGACAUUCCGACUGCUUCAGGUUCUUAGAACACAGACUUAAGACCUCGGUUAUAAUUCCUGCGGGAAGUCAAUCUUGACGGAGUUUGAGUAAAAGUCAGUAAUUGCUUUCUUCUGCAGCAAACGCCUCAACGAGUACAGUAGUUUCUACAUCAACUUCAAGAGAACUUGCUAGUUCCAGAAAGUCUACAAGAAGGGACCAAGAGGAAUCUGUCAAAAAUAGAAUUAAUGUAAGUAGAUACUGUUUUAUAUUGGUCACCAGAAAAUAGAAUCAGUACAAUUGUCAAUUUCAUUGCGACAAAGGUUGCGGCUUGGCAGAAAAUAAAUGCUGGCAAGGCCCUUACAUGAGGAAAAUAUUAUUAUUUUAUUUAUAGUUGAACGCAGGGUUUAAAUGGAAUACAUGUAGCGGAAAUUGCUUAAACCAUUUGUUUCCCAUAAAUGGGGAAAUAAACAUUAAAACAAAACUUCAGGAAAGUAGCCAAACUACUUCCAGAAAAAGUUCCGUGUGAUUACCUUGAAAUACCCUUCUUAAUAUUAUUAAAUCUUUUGGCACGACUAAAGGAUUUUAUGCUACAAGUAGGUAUGAGGAAAUCGUUAACACUGAUAGAAUGAUGAAAUAAUGGGACACCUCGCUUUUUUUUCGGUAUGAUUGAGGCCGCUUGGCAAAAUAUUAAAGUCAUCUUUAAAGAUUCAAACUGAAGGAAGGAAAGCCAAUUUAGUUUUGAAAAGCAACGAGUGAAUCAGGCUUAAAUGUUUUUCGCUUUGUUAACCUCUCGCUCUGUCAAUUAUACCCCUCGCAUUUCAGUUUGUGAGAUCGUUAAAUACCAUAAAAACAACAUGCAACCAAGUUCUCCUCAGGAACUUAUCAGACAUAGCGCAGUGCACUAGUGAAAGGCGUGGAAAGACAUAAAGUUAGGCGGUGUGAAUGUCAGUUUAUCCGGUUAGAUAACACUGUAAACUGUAUGUUCAGAUAUUAUUUCUCAGAAAAAUAUUAAAUAAGUUUUCAACACAAUUUAGAAAACUUACUGUUAAACUUUCGAACCAACGAAAAGGUUAGAAAACCGAAAAACAAAAACGAAAAGCGCGUUCUGUAAGCUUUAAUGUAUUGUCACUUUAUUCACUGACAGGGAAUACUGAGUUUGUUUCAGGUGGCAAAAAUAGCCCUUGCGUUUAAGCGAGUGAUGUUUAUAUUACCAAUUUUGCUUUGCUUCGGUUUGGUCACAGAACAUUACGUUUAUGAAUAUAUUUUCUUCCUUGCUUCAUUUGCUUCAUUAAUCUAUCGACAGUUGUGUUUAAAGGAGCACGGGCUUUUUCCCAUGAUAAAAUGAAAAUAAAAUGUUGGCCGUUCCUUUCUGUCGCUGCCCAAACCCUGUACUUAUAUUUGAGAGUGAUGUCAUUUGUAAUACAUUCAUAUAGCGUAGUAUUCCUAUCUUGGUGCCGAUUUUUUGUUGUUGCUUAGCCUAAAAACAAUAAAAACUUUACGCGGGCGAAUGCGUCACUGGUCUUUCGGUAUACCACAAAUGAACCCACAGUGAAAGUAAACUUUCAGCUACUUGCUGGUCGAUAUACUUAGUACUGUAGUCUGAUUGUGAACAGGAUAGUCAAUUGAGCGUUUUCACUCACUCGUGCCAACCAGCUAUACAAAUGUAUUAAAACUGAAGAAGGUUUUUAUAGAAGAAAAAGGUUCCACUCUCACACAAUUGGUUUGGAACACCAACAUGGCUGCCGUUUCAUUGUUUUGGGACACCAAUAUGGCCGCCGUGACGUCAUGCAUGUGAAAACGUUUCAUAUUGAAGGAAAAAAAACCAACGUUUACUAGUACUUAUUGUUGCUAUCAAUGAUGAGUGAAAACACAACAGGCGGAUAUUUCAUAUAUAUUAUUAUACCAAUACUUUCAGGUUUUCUUUUCGCAACUGCAUAUAAAAGUUGCGUCUAACUGCCCGGCUUCAUUCAUGGACGGGUUUAACUAUAUAAAAUUCAUGUAUAUUCAUCAUUGAAACCAAUACUAUUUCCUUUAUUCAGGAACCACCGAGAAAGGCUCCAUAUUAUCCACUUGGAAGCAAGCCCUUUAGUGGGUUUGGUUUCUGGCCAACAUUUCACUGGCCUGCCCACCUAUUGGAUCAUGAUUACAUGAACACAUGGUUCGAUCCGAGACCUGUGAUGGAAGGUAAUGAUAUAUCGAAGGUUCGAGUCUUUUGCAAUAUGUUUAGCUAUAUUUUGUCUUUCUUCGGCCUACCGUAAAUUACUGCUUAUAACCCCCGCCCUUCCCAUCCUCUAAUAAGCUCCCCGGGUUACACGCCCCUGUAACCAAGAAAAAAGAAAUAAAUCCGAUAUGUCCCCUCUGAUAUAAGAAGGCCCCACUCCAAAUGCUUUAAAAAGAAUUCGAUUGAUCAUGACGUUUGAAGCUUAAUUAAAAACUAGUAAAUGCAAAACGUAUUUUGAUUAGCACUGCUAUAGCUUGUUUCGAAGCGCUUUAUCUGUUCCGGUUAUAAGUCCCUUCUUUUAUAAGCUCUCCUGAAAACCCUUGGGAAGAUGUAUACGCUCAAGACUUGUAAGCGUCCGUUUACGGUACCUUACUUACUUAAUAACGACUAUCGGAGAUUCCCCGUGAUGACGAUUAUUUGCAGUCUGUCUUUUUUGAAUGCAGUGGUGGAUCUAUGUAUGGUGGUGGGAGGAGGGGAAGGAAGUUUGGUGAACGAUCCCCUUAGUGUCACUUUUAAACCCAAGCCGAGGUCCAAGUUUACUUGAUGUGAAACAUUAAUUCUUAAGAUCAAUAUUUUCCUUAUCGCCACACGCUGCAUUAUUCUGGUACUGUCAAUACUAAUAGUACUCAGCGCGUAUCUCACUCGUAGAUCUGAAGUCUCUGCCCUGAGCUUCUGAAAAGGUGUUGGCUCCUGGAAGAGCCGAUAUAUAUUCAAACAUUUUAAUGUUGUUCUCGCCAGAUCUUUGAUAUCGAUGUUUGUGAAGUAUCUAAAAUUUUCAGCCUUUAUUCAUUCCCUUUCUUCUUAUCUCAGACAAAGGAAUUAUGGCCCAGCCAGAUAUUAAACAAGAACCGUUGUCUCCUACUGACAGAAUCUUGCCAUCAUGUUCUCAAGAAGGUGAAAUGGAAGAGGUAAAGUGUUGCGAAAUCAGUAUUUCUACCAGUAGUUAACAUUCCGAAUGAAACAAAUCUUAGCCAUUAAUGGCCUGUAUGCGGCAAAAUUUCCACUUUCUCCGGAUCAUUUGUCAGAUUUCUAAAGAAAGUCCGCAUUCCAUGAAGUAGAUCGCAGAAUUAUUCUUCGCUAAACAAUAAGCCUUUUUUAUAGUUUCUCUUUUUGCAUUUUGAAUAAAUAUGUCUCGUGUAUAUUACACAGUUUUUUAAAAUAAAUUCAUUGGUGUGGUCUUUUAAUCUUUCAGAGUUCUCCAGAAGUUGCCAAAGUUAUUGUCAAGGAAGGUGAGCGCUUCUUAAUUUAAGUGUUCUUAGAAGCAAAUAUUGUAGUUCUCUUAGAUAAUUGAAUUACUUUAUGCAAUCUCGAAGAAAAUCAUAACUGAAAAACACUUUAAUUUCAAAAAUUAGAAAUCGUAGACUUAGCUUAACAUACUUGUUCCCCUUAUUGUUGUCACCUCCCGACCUGUUUCUAAUAGUGCUUUUAUUUGCAUGAAACUGGAAGUAAUGUUGGUUUUAGUCAAUGUUCAAAAUAACUUUUGUAAGAGUAACAUGCAGUAUACAUGUCAAAAGGCUUUAUCUCGUAAGAAUAACUUGAUAAAAAAGUUUUUUCUCUUAUCCUUUGUAGAGGAUGAAGUUCCCAGCGACCAAGAAAUCAUUGACGUAAGUUUUCCUGUUAAAUGAGUUUCGACUCAAAUCAGAGUUAGAAAGGUGCUUACAAUAAACUACUUUCAGUAAUCUCUACGUAAUCUCUAUAAAUGAAUUAUUUCAUAUAUACUUCACAUCAGUAAUUUCUACGUACGUCUCAAUAAAAAAAAAACUACAACUAGGCCAAAAAUAAAAUGGAAUCCGUAAAGCAUGAUACCAUCGUUUUUGUUUUAAUGUUUUCUUGCUUUGUUUUGCUUGACAUUGAAUUGUCUUAUUGUUUAUAGCUUGUGGACCAAAUGUCAGAACAAAGCAAUUCGUCUUAUGAAGACUUGGACGCGAUAGACGCCACCAGUGAAGAAGGUAGGAUAUUGAACAAGUUAUUUUCUAGCCGGAACCGUGUAACCGUAGUACCCAUAGAGAAAGAAAGAUCAGCACCAGAGGUCAUGAUAUAAAAAUGAACUGGAAAUAAAAGUUUUAAAUUAGUGUCAACUGUAUGAAGGUCUUAGUCAUAUGAUAAGAUGAUUAAAAAGGUUUAAGUAACUGACAAAUUGUGGCACGAAACAGGUAUUUGCGCCUAACAAUUUUACGUUUAGCGACAGAAGGUUUAAGUUGAACGCCUCAGUUACGAUUACGAUUAAAGAUUAACCCAACUGGGCCUACCAGAUCCUAUCGAUCUUUCACCUGCGUACUAGAUACAGCUUACUAUUUUAUGAUGACGAGUUUUUCCUUUUUUCAGUAUUUAAAUACUGCAACGUCCCUGACCUUUUGUUUUGCUUCUGUUGUACAGAGUUUACAGAGAGUCCACCCAAAGCUACUAUGAGGCCUCCACUGCGGCUGGUCAUAAAGACCGAAGACUCGUCCGGUUAUGGGAACGAGUAUGCGACUUCGCUUCCUCUUACACCUGACUCUACUAGGGAGAUUUUAAGUGUGAUCAGCAGGUGCUGAGUAACCUUUCACCGUCCUUUACAGUGAUCACUUUCAGUAACAAACCUUUUGAGUUAUCAAAGCAUUUCUUCUUUUCGCUUUGGCGUUUAAUUAAAUUGUUCUAAGGACAACGCUGUGUCGACGAAGAGAAGGAACAUUAUGGACAUGAAUUUUGACAUCAUCCCGGGUCACUGGCACAGUUGUCUGGGCAGAUUGACCGCAGGAGUUUUAACCGCCGUCGCUGGAUGGCCCAAGGCCGUGUCCACACUAGUCCAGACGUUUACGUUUACGUCUUAGUUGCGUUCACACGAAAAUGUUGUAACGGUCAUCGUUAACGCUCUCCAGAAAUGAUAAGCUUGUAAACGCGGGUAAAUAUUGUUCUCGUGAAAAAGACUCGGGUGGACAUAGGCUUGUUAGAAACGUCAAAAGUGACCGAGGCAAGAAAUUUGCAACAAGAAAGAAGUCAACGGGAAAAAAUUCUGUUACGUCAACUUAACCAGUUGUUACCCAUGUACUGUAAACAGUAGGGUUAACAACAGUAAUGCAAC